CAGGCAACUGACAUUAUGCCGACGAAAGUUGGCAUCAAUGGAUUUGGCCGUCUCGGGCGUCUGGUGACCCGUGCUGCUUUUUUUUCUGGCAAGGUCGAGGUCGUUCACAUCAAUGACCCCUUCAUUACCCUGGAAAACAUGGCUUCCAUGUUCAUGAAUGACUCCGCCCACGGACGCUUCAAGGGAACUGCGGCGGCUGAAAAUGAAAAGACGAUCAUCAAUGAAAACGCCGCCACCGUGUCUCAGGAAUUUGGCCGUCUCGGGCGUCUGGUGACCCGUGCUGCUGUUGCGUCUGGCAAGGCCAAGGUUGCUCACAUCAAUGACCCCUUCAUUACCCCGGACAACAUGGCUUCCAUGGUCAUGAAUGACUCCGCCCACGGACGCUUCAAGGGAACUGCGGCCACCGAAGGUGGAAAGUUGAUCAUCAAUGGAAAAGCCAUCACCGUCUCUCAGGAAAAGGACCCCGCUGCCAUCAAAUGGGGGGAGUCUGGUGUGGACUACGUGGUGGAAUCUUCCGGGGAAUUCACAACCAUUGAAAAGGCUUCUGCUCACUUGAAGGGAGGAGCCAAGCGUGUUAUCAUCUCCGCUCCUUCCGCUGAUGCCCCCAUGUACGUUGUUGGUGUCAACCAUGAAACCUACGACAAGGCAAACAAAGUUAUCAGCAAUGCCUCCAGCACCACCAACUGCCUGGCUCCUCUUGCAAAGGUCAUCAAUGACAAAUUUGGCAUUGUGGAGGGGUUGGAGGUAAGUCCAGUUUAUGAAUUGUCGUGCCUCUGGGAAGGUGAUCCUGAACUUGCUGUCUUUGUCUUUUCCUUCCAGACCACCCUCCAUGCUUACACUGCUACACAGAAGUGCGUAGACGGACCAUCUGGCAAAGAAUGGCAUGAUGGCAGAGGUGCUGCACAGAACAUCAUCCCAUCAUCCACCGGUGCUGCCAAGGCUGUCGGCAAAGUCAUCCCUGCUCUGAACGGAAAAAUCACCGGCACGGCCUUCAGAGUCCCCAGUCCCAACGUGUCUAUGGUUGACCUGACCGUCCGCCUGGAGAAGCCUGCCAAAUAUGAAGACAUCAAAGCUGCAGUGAAGGCCGCGUCUGAGGGACCACUGAAGGGAAUUCUGGGAUACACCGAGGAGGAGGUCUUCUCCAGUGACUUCAACGGUGACACCCAUUCCUCCAUCUUUGAUGCUGGCGCCGGCAUCUCACUUAAUGAGCACUUUGUGAAACUGGUUUCCUGGUAUGACAAUGAGUUUGGUUACAGCCACCGUGUGGUGGACCUCAUCGUCUACAUCGCUAGCAAGGAGUAAAGUCUUUGUCACGGUCAUCCCAUCUCCUGUCACUGCAGGGCCCCAAUCUCUCACCCCAGUGGUUUUGUCUUCAUCACUGAAGGGGCCCAGAGUCACCCCUUACUAGUUUGUCUGUCAGUUUCUGUGUAAUAAAUAAAUUGUGAAACACUGA